AUAAAACAGCAGUCUCUGAAGAGUAGUAUCAUCUUCAAGUCAAAGUGCUCCAAGUGCUUAGAGUUGACAACGCUCUUCAUCGAUCCGCGAAAAUUAAUCGACAUAUCCAACGACGAUUUUCUUCAUCCCGAUGCGAGAAAUCUGCAAACAGAGAAACGGCAUUAUCAUUGGAAAGGUGCGGUAUUUCACGGCGACUCCCUAUCAACCAGAUGGUUUCUGGCAGUGAUGCCCUCAUCGGAGGAGGAAAGCCAGUGGCUCGUUGGCAGCGGGGGCGGCCUCGCACCCUCAGGCGGCAGCGUGAAAGCGACGAAAGUGAACGCGGCCGAACGCGGCUUGAACACUAGGACCGGUCUCUACACCGAGGAGAUGACGACGCAGCCGACGAGCGUCACCACGGCCGGUGUCAACUCGGCCUCGGCCGACUCCGCGGAACACGAUCUCAUCGACUCCACCGCGGAUGCGACCCUCCUGGCGCAGUUUCACGAGGACGCCAUUAAGCAGGCUGGUGUUGGUUAUUUCCAAAUACUUGCCGCUUUUUGUACAGGCUUGAGUCUUGCAGCGGAUACUGUUGAAAUUUUUGUUGUUCCUUAUAUACUGCCAAGUGCAGAGGUUGAGCUAUGUAUCGAGGAUAAUGAGAAAGGAUGGCUUGGCAAUAUUACUCUCAUCGGUCUUGCACUGGGUGGUUUAUUCUGGGGAGGCCUCGGAGACAGAUUGGGAAGACGCAGGUCUCUCCUAUCAGCCAUGUCUGUACACGCUCUAUUCAGCGGUGUUGCGACAUUUAUGCCCACUUAUGGCACUUUUAUGACAGCUAGAUUCUGUUCAGCUCUUGGGGUAGGAGGAGCUGUACCACUGGCAUUUGCAUAUCUCGCAGAAUGUUGCCCACGAUUAAGCAGAGGUCGUUGGACCGGAAUACUCGUGGCUGCAUGUGCACUAGGAGGUGUUUAUGCCGCACUCUUAGCUUGGGCGGUGGUACCCACGACGGGAGAGAUGGUCGUUCUGGAAAACAAGGAACACUUUAGCGCUUGGCAUCGUUUCCUGUUAUUAUGUUGUUUGCCAGCAUUGUGUUCCACAUUUGGUCUUAUCUUUCUACCGGAAAGUCCGAGAUAUCUUGUUGAGGCCGGACGAGAUGUGGAAGCGAUGAUGGUUUAUCAGAGGAUAUAUAAAAAGAAUAACGCCCGAAAAAGUGCGACUGGUACUCAAUAUCAACUUUCUGAAUUGGAACUUCCAACUAAAAGACCUCGUGGUUUGGCACCACCAUCUCCGAGUAAUCAUACUAGCGUUUUGGCGGACAUAAUAUAUUCGAUCGAAAUGUUCUGGAAUUCUUUCUUGGAAUUAUUCACUGCACCCUAUUUACAUGUGACUUUAAUUCUCUUAAUUAUCUGGUCUGCGGCGUCAUUCAGUAUUUACGGUCUUAUGAUAUGGUGUCCCGAAUAUCUGAAACUUUUGCGUGCAAUGGAAUAUGAAGCUCAUACUGAACACUUUCAAAGACUGGAAUUUAAUGAUACAACGUUUACUGGUUCUUGGGAAAAUCGUCAGUACAAAGAUUCUACAUUUUAUAUUUGCAGAUUCACUAAAAUGAUAUUUAGCCAUGUCGAUUUUGAUAAUUGUUCGUUCCAAUCUGUAGAGUUCAGUAGCAUUAAGUCUAGCAAAACUCAUUUUAGAGACAGUAUUAUUAUAUAUUCAAAAUUUGUUGACACAGAUUUAUCUGCACAAGUUUUCACUAGAUGUAAAUUGGAAAAUAACACAGAAUUAAGUUUAAGCGGACCAUGUCCGACUCUUGAUUUGGAUUAUAAUAUUUAUAUUGAAGAGGCGUUGCAUGCUCACCUUGUUGCUCAAUUGGCUUUUGUGCCAGCUGCUGCGCUUGCAGGUUUGGCGCUUACCGUUCUUCAGCGGCCAAAAUUAAUUGGUCUUUCACUUUUUUUCUCUUCCGUUGCUGCGUUAUGUCUGAUAUUAAUUCACAGAAACAGUUCAGCAGUUCUGGGCUUUGAAGGUGGCUUUACAGCACUGUUCGCUGUUGCAUGGACAUCAUUAACUUUGGUGACAGUCGAGAGCUUCCCCACACAUUUACGGUGCACUGGUUUUGGACUCAUAGCAGCGGCUAUAAGAAUAUCGGGUCUGAUAGGAACUACAACAUAUCAGACAUUAGUGGAUACGUCAUUAAUUGCACCUGCAUUAUUGACAGCAUUGGCGUUACUGAUUGCUAGCGCUGCAACUUUCAAAUUGCCUCACACUCAUACUGUUUUCUUAUAAUUCCAUCAGUAGAAUGUCAACAAUGCAUAUCCAAACUGAAAACUUAUCGUUGCAUAUGAAGCAAAUUUAUAUGACGGUUUACAAAUUGAAGAAUUGGACCUUUAAAGACUAUCUCGAAUACAUCAGAGACAGAAGAGAACGAGACACGUAUGUUGUCUUUUAUUAUUUAUCCUUAGAAUUUAUUCACGAAAAACGAUGUUCAAGACAUGUCAAUAAUUUGUUGAUCAAAAGAAGAAAAUUUUUAGACGUCAAGACUUUGUAUAAAGUGAAAUAUCCUAAGUAAUAAUGACGAUAAGCACUGUUGUCUUUGGAGACACUUGCAUAUUUGAAGCGCACAGAACAUUACGAUUUUAGCUUGCUUGACAUAGGACAAAAUAAUCUGGAGUUGGAUCAAAGUAUCCUAUUGCUUAUGGAAUGUGAACAAAUAAUGUUAUACGAGAAUGAUAAUGUUUGGCGUGAACAAGAUGAGAAAUUCAAGAUCAGCUGACACGACGUUUCCACGCGUAAAAUAAUCACUCUGAAACUAACGUAAUGACUCUACUAUAUUUAUCUUUGACGAUAAACUGUUCUACAAGUAUUGAGCAAUGGAUACGCGCAUAUGUGCAACUAUUUUAAUAAGGCAUAUGCCACGAAACGUGUCAAUUUUAAUAGAGGAUGUACAGUCAUCCAUAUAAUAUAAUAUAAAUAUAUAUAUAUUAAAAUACAUCAAUUAGAUUCCGAUAAAUAAUAAUUAGAAAUCGGCAGUGCUGUUUGAUAUCUCGAUUAUUAUUCCAAAGACGCAAUGGUUAUAGAAUACAUAGCUAUUCUUACUUUUGAUCGAUAAUAAUUGAUGCACGACAUGGAACUUUUUGAUAUACUCUGAUAUAAUUUAUGAAAAGUAGAUUCACUCAGAUGUGAUCACGUAGAACUCUACGUGAAUAUUUACUGCAUAUAUAGACGGACUACGAUGAUAACAUACAACACAGAUCAGAUUUUAUAUGUUCUUGCGAAAAAAAAAA